AUGGGUAUUAUAGAUGAAGGUCUACCAGAAAUUGUUGAUGAAUUGGAUUAUCAAUACAGAACCGCAAACUGGCUUAUUAAAACCAGAGAGCCAUUUUGCCUUGGAAAUGAUGUAAGAGGACAACUCUUAUCUCUCUUACGCAAACAAAGUGAAUUUUCACGGACGCAGUUUAAAGAUAAAGGUGUUUUUAAAGUUCCGUUUGUUGGAUCUAUGGUAUUUGAAGAUGGAUAUGGAGAUUAUGUUUUGGAUUGGUUUCCCCCAAGUGACCAAUCAAUAAUUCCAACCAAUAUUGUUGUCUAUAUUCAUGGAGGUUAUUGGCAGUUAGUUGGAUGGGAAGAAUCCAGUAACUGGGCAGUUCCUGUUACACAUGCAGAUAGUAUAUUUGUCUCUUUGUCUUACAGGUUAGCUCCAAAAGAAAAACUGGAAGCGAUGUCACAAAGUCUAUGUCUGGGAAUGCAAAAAGUUAUGACUCUUACGCAUAAAAUGUUUGGUAACUUAGAUGAUACGAAGCUCCGUAUAACCCUAUUUGGACAUUCUGCCGGUGCACACUUAGUUCUGGAAAUGAUAUAUUGGGCUCAUAUGGACCUCGAAUCAAAUAAUAAUUGGCUAUGCUGUUUGCGAAACCUUGUUUUAAUGUCAGGAGUUUAUGAUCUUCGUCCAAUUAUCCACACUUACGUAAAUAAAGCAAUAAAGUUUAAAACGGUUGAGGAGGCUUUGUCUGUCAGUCCAAUCCGACACUUCAUGCAAGAUGGUCCAAAUCUACUGCUCAGCAAAUCACUUCAUUGGAUUGUUGCUUGGGCAGAGUACGAAUCGCCAGCUAUGAAGGGACAAUCUAAAUCACUAGCGGACUUGUUAAGUAAAGCAUCAAACAGAAGUGGACAAGGCUCACCUUUGCAAUUUACCUAUGAAACGUCUUAUAUGUCAAAUGAAGAUCAUUUUACUUCACUCCUCGGUUUGCAUGAUGGUCCAAAUCACAGUUCUAUCCUCAAAAAAAUCAUAGAUCUCAUUAACGUCAAGCCUAUUUAG